CGUCGCGCGAGCCGGAAGUGCAGGUGCUUCUGCUGGCCCGUUACGUGGGCAGCGGAGCAGCGCUGCAGCCUGAGCGAUCCGGGCCGCUCGGUGACGCUUUCGCCAGACCGCCGCUAACAGCCGGUUACCCUCACUAACAUGGCUCUCAACAAAAACUGCUCGGAAUCAGGCGGCGUCAUCAUCAACAACAGCGAAAGUGUCUUGAUGACAUAUGAGAAUGUGGAACUUGUCUUCAGUGAUACAGAAACCCUCCCUGAGGCCUUCAGGAAGAGCAAGAAGGGCAGUGUCUACCUGACCCCAUACCGGGUGAUAUUCCUGGCAAAGGGACGGGAUGCACUUCAGUCCUUUAUGAUGCCUUUCUAUUUGAUGAAGAACUGUGAGGUAAAGCAGCCUGUGCUUGGAGCCAACUACAUCAAAGGAACAGUGAGCGCGGAACCCGGCGGAGGCUGGGAGGGAUCUGCGACCUUCAAGCUGGUUUUCAAUGCUGGAGGGGCCAUUGAGUUUGGACAGUAUAUGCUUCAGGUUGCAGCACAAGCUUCUAGAGGCCAGCCAGUGACUGGGGCGUUUGGUUGCUCUUAUAUGGCCAAUGGAGCAUUUGCAUACCCGCCACCUCCUGCUAAUGGGAUGUACCCAGCUGAACCUCCUCCCGGCUACUCUUACCCAGGACCUCCACCUCAGGCAGGAGCAUUCUUCCCUGGGCCUCCUACUUUGAACAGUGCUGCAGCCUACAUGCCACCCCCACCUUACUCUGGUCCACAGGCCCCAACCCCUUUUGAUCCUGACAUUCCCAACACUCCAGCAGCGGAAGCCAAGGCAGCAGAGGCAGCAGCCAGCGCAAGCUGUGCCCCCCCCCCUCCUCCUCCUCACGUUUACCUGCCACACGACAAGCCGCCGCCCUAUUCGCCGCCUGAAGACAAGAAGACUCAGUAGGGGUCAGGGUAACGAGUCCCACCUGCUGCAGCUUGGAUCCUCCCGCUGUCGCCUUCUCUUCUUACCUGGGUGUGAGGUGCUCUGUGCAGCCUGUACUCCACACUGUUCCAGUGCCCUCCUUGGAACAUCUACAGCUGUAUCAAAUCUUUAACUUCUCUUUCCCUGUCUCCAAGAGUACAUCACACAAGGAUCAGUAUGAGCAUAUUGUUAUUUGCUAAAAAAAAAAAAAAAGUAUGUCACCUCAAGUAGUAGUAUUACAUUUCAGGAAGUGGAUUUUGGCAUUUUGUUACCUAGAAGAAAAAUAAAACAUUCUGGAUAUCAGUUAUUUCCAGUAUGUCUUGGAAAGUGGAAUUAAAUGCAGGGCAGUGUCUUCUGGUUUUCAAGCCAGUACUGAUUGAUGCAGCUGAAAUGUACAAGGCUUGAAGAUAUAACCAAAAACUGACUGACCAUCUUUAUGUGUAUUAGCUCUGUUAGUGAGUGGGGAUACAGUAGAUGAAGCAAGAGCUACAGUACCCCGUAGUAAAAGGGACCAGGGAAUGACAGGAUCCUUGGGUGAACUCGCAUAAUGUGGCAUCAGCUCCUGACUAAUUUCAGCUAUGUUGGAAGCAUAGGAAGUGUCUGAAUGUGCAUUUUAGAAUGUGUGUAUAUAGAAGGUAUUGUUCUCCUAAGACCAUGAGCUUCCCCCUUCAUGGCUGUGUAAAGCUCCAUAAAUUGUCACAUUUCAACUGAAUCUGUCAGAUUGCUCACAUCUGCCUAGUCAGUAUUCUGUCAUUAAUUUUUUGUUGUAAAUUAAGUUGUUUGAAGGCACUUUGUAACUCUUCUUAGUUGAACACUUUGUUUGCAAGUCUUGUAGAGGCUCUCUCUUGCUGGCACUAAGCAGAUGGCUGUUCCGCGCAGAUACCAAGUCUUGCACUUUUGAAAUGGCUAUGCAUUACUAUCUCUUCUCUUUCAUAACUGUAUGGGGCAAAACACUAUAAAAACGCUGUCUCACUAAUUUAUGCAUUAAGUGGAACUCGGAAAAAGACGCAUGAUUUUGUGUGUGACUUAAAUACUGUGAACUGAAUUUUAUUAAACCAAAUUUGUGUGAA